AUGUCAUCUUCUAGCCGCCCCCAAUCAGUCAGGGGACUAUAUACUCCUCCAGCCGAGGAAUGGGUCUUCCUCCCACCCACCGUCCCCCCUCCCUCCUCAUGCACCUCCGCUCCCGCCGCUCCCGUACAUCUCCCCACACCAUUCUCCUCAUCCUCGCCUGUCUCAGACUCGGAGGACGGUCUGGCCGGGAUGUACGGCUAUGGCCCUCUCCAGCUCUUCGCCGCCGAGUACUUCUCGACCGCGCUCGGAAUGCCGUUCGAGGUGGGAAAGACGCUCCUUCAGAUCGAAUACCGUCCUCGCCGGAAGUUUGCACCUUCUCUCCCUACACCCACAGAAGAGUCCGGUCGGCGAGGGAGCAAGGCGGAAGAGCUGGAAGUGGAGGAUGAAGACGCUGCCGCAGCAUACUUUUCGGACCGGCUGUCUAGCGAGACGUACCUCCCUCCUCCCGAGCAGGUCGCUCCAGACGUCCAGGUUGACCCUGCUACCGGAUACAUUGCGGACCCCGAACCGACCUGGUUGCUCAAAGACGACUUUGAGAUCUCCCGCGGGAAUGGCGUAUGGGGUAUGAUCCGGCGGCUCCGGUACACCCCUUCCGAGGGGUUACCUUCCCUCUGGAAAGCCCAGAUCAUCACUACCAUCCACUCCCUCCUCUCCAAUAUCCUUCAACCCAGUAUACACUCCACCAUCCUCUCCUUCUCGCCCAAUCCGACCAACCCCGAUAUACCCCUGACGGCCCUUCCGCACCCGACUAUCCCGCUCGGGCUGCAGGUUGCGUCCCACCUCCUCACCCACCUGCUCCUCUCGCCGAUGGAACUCCUCCGCACCCGGCUGAUCGCUAUGCCCACUCACUCAUCCACUCCGUCCUCCAUCACCCUCUUCAACCGGAUCGUGUCGCACGAAGGCGGCCUCUCGGGGAUAUACCUCCACCCCAACCUCCUCUUCCCUGCGCUCAUCGAGCACACUCUCCGGCCCCUCCUCACCCUCUCCAUCCCCAUCCUGCUCGAGCGGCAAUUCUCCAUAUCGCCCGAUAUCUCCCCCAUCACGUAUAGCCUGUGCGACCUCUCGCUCAACCUCGCCUCGCUGAUUGUGCUCCUGCCGAUCGAGACGGUCCGGAGGAGGCUGCAGGUGCAGUCCAGAGGAGGCGACAAGGAGAGGAUACGCACGGUGGUCAAGACGCGAGAGCGGGAGUAUGUGGGUAUGGUAGAAGCCAUGUGGAGGAUCGUGACGGAGGAGACCGGCGUCAGGAGACGGAGGGUUAUGAGUGAGAAGGAUGAAGGUGGGGUCGUGGCGGGACUCAGGCAGCUAUACAGAGGGUUUGGAAUGGCUGCUACUGCGCACGUCACGGUCUUUGGGCUUGGACUGGUCAGUGCGAGUCUAGGCGGGCGGGGCUUUGACGGAGGAUGGAAGGAGAUCUAA